AUGGUAACGCUGGAUCAUCAAAACUUCUGGCAGCCAACACCAAACUCACCGCAAAGAUGCUCUUCAAUUGGCUCUGAUACCCAGACCGCCCUUGUGGCAGAGGAACUCAAGGAUUCAGGAGAAAGACGCGGAGUAGGAUACUACACAUCGGAAACUGGCCGGCACUCUCGAUCUAUUUCACCCAAUCUCUAUCACAACGAUGCAUCAGCCACCGAUAGUUAUCCCGAUUACCCCGAGGAGGUUGCGCUUUAUCCUUCCUGCCGAGUCAGUAGUACUCCCUCCGUGACUGGCUUUGAUGGACCCGGGACAACAAGAGUCUUCGAUGUCUUUGAAGACGAUCACAACAGGCAAAACGGCGAGAAUAAUCACGAGCACUUCACCGCGAACCGAAGGAAGGGAAUGUUGGAAGAUCUAAGGAUUUCUUCCACGAAAGGCCGCCUGUACCCGAAUUCAACCGCGGCGAAAAAGACCAAGUCACGACGAAGACGCAGUCAACCAGGAGCCGGAAAUUCGUCAUUACAUGACGAAGAGAGCUAUGCAGAUGACUAUCUUGCCGGACUUGGGAAUGCGAUUAGAUAUCUGAAGCGUUUCUACAGCCUGAGUACUGCUGAGGCUAAAUUCUCUGAUGACCUCGCCGAUGCCAAUAUUAUCAAAGAAAAUCUUGCGGUGGUUCAACUUGCAACUAAAACGUUACAGCACGCAUAUGGUAUCAUUGCAACAAGCACCAUAGCAUUAGAGAAUCCUGUUUGGCAAGCUACGACUGUGCAAGCACGGCAAACUAUCACGCGGAGGAAGUGGACCGUUGAAGAAGAUCGUCGAUUGUUGAGGCUGAGAGACUCUCAAAAACUGCCAUGGAGUCGAAUUCGCGAUUCAUUUCCCGGAAGAACUCCGAGCGCAGUCAAACAACGUUAUUUCGGGUUGUCGUCAAAGCAGUCUGAGAGCACCUCAAGUAAAGAAAACCACCCAAGCCUCUCUGGUCGACAUGAAAACUGCACCUCGAACGUCCGAAGAAGCCAGAGACUGAGCCGCUCUCACCAACUCAAAGAUACAAGGAGCAACGGCGAGCAUCAUCGAAGGUAUCCCUCACGUACUGUGAAGCAUUCUGGUGAUUUAAAUGCAUCAAGGCUGGAUUCCAUCGAUCCCCGACUUCGAAGCCUCGAUAGACUGUAA